GUUGCAUCGAACAUGAGCACUUAGCAUCUCUGGGCCCUUGAUGGUGCACAAGUUGGUUGCCGGGACAUCGCGUUUUGCUGCGUGCAAAGAACUGGGCGGGAUGGAGCUGCUGGAAGUGAUGGCGGCCAUUGCGAGCAUUGCUCAGCGGUUGGCUCAUCAAAGCGGUCAUGGCUCUGAGAUGCCGCGCUCCAGCGAGAUGCAAUUUCUCCCCUCUCCGGCCAGAAGCUGAUGUUUGUGAGCGCGACUUCUAUCGUUUUGUUGGAUUGCUGCGGCAUCGAAAUCCCCGCAGCAUAGCAGAACUUGGCGCAGCGAUUGAGCAGCACCUGAACCGUGGAGCUUUUGGCCACGGGCAACUUGUACAGCUUGUUUGUUCGACUGCUGCGUAUCUGUCAAGGGUGAAGAUGGACGGCUUCCAAGGCAAGGCACACAGUCUGCUCGCAGGAGCUUGCUUGGAGUUGGUAAGGGCGCCGGGCAGAGAAGUCGUGCAGGCCGUGCGCGCCAUCACGCAUCUCAGCCGGGCGAGGCCAGACUAUGGCACCCUGCUAACGGAGACCGGCUUGCUGGCAGCCGCAAGCGCCCGCUUGUCAGAGUUGUGCCCACGAGAUGUCUCGAGAUGUGCUUGGUGCUUCGCGGUUUUAAUGUCUACUUCCCCAGUCUUGCUGGACAUGGCAGCGUCAGCAGCUGCUCAUAUCCAUGAGUACUCCUCAUUUGCAAUAUCUAACCUAGCGUGGUCCCUGGCCAAAAUUGGGGGCCAGAACUUCCACCAAUAUGAUAAUUCCUGCAGAGCGGCCUGUUCUGCUUUCUUCAAUGCGAUUCCCGAAGCGGCGCUGGCACAGUUUGACGCCAGCGACCUUGCUGGCCUUGCGUGGGCAUUGGGCACAUCUUCCUGCAGACCAGGCCUCAUGCGUGCACUGUCAGCUGAAGCCCUCUUGAAAAUGGUGCAACUAGAGCCGGCACACCUUGUGAACAUUUGUUGGUCUAUCGGCAAGCUAAAGCUUUCAGAGGACACAUUUUUGCAAGCAGCUGCGUCGCUAUCUAUGACUGCUUUUUCACCAGAUGCACUUGUCAGCAUUUCUUGGGCUUUUGCCCGCGCAUCUCCAAAGGUUUUUGGCAGCUUUCACUUGGAUAUCACAAAGAUAUGCGUCGCCAAGCUAGACAUGCUAUCUCCAAAGUCCUUGUGCAACUUACUUUGGGUUCUUGCGAAGGAAAGGGCGGACGGCACUGCCAUCGGUGGUCAGAAGAUUUUGCCCUUCCAUCUUGAGGCACUUACCAGUGCCGGACAGGUCGCCUCACACAGAUUCACUACCCAGGACGUUUGCAGUUUCUUGUGGGCAAUGGCGGCGCUGGUGUGUGUCGACAAAGUGCUUGUCAAGCAGCUCGGUGGCUUGGCCGGUCGCAACAUCAGCAACUUGGAAGCUCGACAGCUGGCAAUGCUGAGCUGGGCCAUUGCAACGCUCAAGUCAAGGCAGCCAUUUCUACACAUGGUCCCAGCUCAAGCCCUUGCUCAAGUUCAAGGUGGCCGAGACCUUGCGAAUAUCGUGUGGGCGCUCGCGCAUGCAGGUGCUACGCCAGGCCGGCCACAGCCACGGGCCUGGCAAAGGCUUGCUGAGAAGGCAGCUUCAACUGAGGAUUUGACAGGGCAAGGUCUGGCCAAUGUGGCCUGGGCGUGUGCAAUUGUCUCUAUGGAAGGCAGCAAGGCACACAGGCUUCUCUUUGCAAGAGUGGCAGGAAAGACGUCCGAGCUUCAACUCCGGGAUGCCGCCAACAUUGCCUGGUCUUUGGUCAUGCUUCGGUCGAGGGCGGAUGAUCUGCACAUAGUGCUGUCCCGGGCAUGUGCAUUGCUUCGGCCUUCGCUGGGCAAAGGUGGGAACCUGCCAGACGCGACGUCGGUCUUAGCCUUGCUUUGGGCGGAGGCCUUCGCAGGUCGCGGUCAAAGUGGCGGCAAUGGCAGCGAGCUGUACCACUUGGGGAAGGCUUUCUUGCAGCUCACUGGGCGUACCUUGGACUCCGGGCACCUCCCACUGAUCCCGACCCAGGAAAUGGCACCAGGCGAGCCCAGCAUUCUUUUGAAUUUGUCGGACAGGAUGGUACUGUACAAGCCACACGGUUGGGAGGUGGACCAGGCCACGUCUGAAAGCGCGGCGGAGCGUCUGAAGCUGUCAUCAUUUGUCAGGAGUCAAUUCACAACUAGGCAAUGCCCAAUAUUGAAGGACGCUGGGCAUUUGCAUGGCUUCUUGCAUCGAUUGGACUUGCCAAGUUCGGGCCUCCUCCUGACAGCUAAGAGCUACGAGGCUUUCUAUGACCUCAUGCUUCAGCUGCACACGGGUGUGUUGGUUCGGGAUUACGUUGUACUUUGCCAUGGGUGGUUGUCGCCAUCCUGUCGUGAGAUUGAUACGAGGAUCGCGUGGUCAAAUGCUGCAGGCAGCGGGCCGCCGAGCCGAGCUCAAAAUGACACAGGCAAGCCAGCAGUCACCAAAUUGCGAGUGUUAGCUCAUGCAAUCCGCACGGAUGACAGCUUCAGCCUGGUGGGGAUCAGGAUUGCGACUGGAAGACGGCAUCAGAUUCGUGCGCACCUUGCACAUAUAGGCCACCCAGUCGUUUGCGAUGGCAAGUAUGGAAGGCUUGCCCAUUCAAAGCAGGAAGAUUCCAGCAGAUUUGCAGCUUGGCAACCCUCUGACGAACAGUUUCGCAAAGACCGGGAGUGGUGCCCUCGCAAUUUUCUGCAUCGCUACCGCCUGGCCUUCACCGCUCAAGAGCGUCCCUACGAAGUUUUGGCGCCCUUGCCAAAGGAGUUGCUUGCGGCCUUGUCACAACUUUCCCCCAGAGAGGAUGCAUCUGAGCUUCAGCUGCAGGGCUGGCUGCUGGGAAAUGCUGUCAGAGACUGGGCCGAGUUGCCAGUUCUGCCUGUAGGGCAAUCCGAAUCCAUGAAAUGAAGAAAGGCAAUGUGCAGGUGUUCAGUUUAUGUGUGAUUGGGUAUGUCUUGCCGCUUCGUCUCUGUACCGCUUCAGUGUGCAGAUGCCAGAAGCAUAAUUGCCAUCUUUCGUCAAAAAUGGCUUGAAUGCACUGGAGUGUGAAGAUAGCAAAGCUGACUGAUGCGCUCAGGAGUAUC